AUCCCGAGUACGCGCGAGCGGGUCGGAGGCGCGCGGCUCGAGCGCUGCUCAGAGCUCAGACAUGGCGGCGGACCUGAACCCGGAGUGGCUGUCUUGCCUGCCUUCCUCAUGGAGUUACGGCGUGACCCGCGACGGACGCGUCUUCUUUAUCAAUGAAGAAGCGAAGAGCACAACCUGGCUGCAUCCAGUCACGGGAGAAGCCGUCAUUACAGGGCACAGAAAAACUCCAGAUUUACCCACCGGAUGGGAAGAAGGAUAUACGUUCGAAGGAGCCCGCUGCUUUAUCAAUCACAAUGAGCGAAAGGUGACCUGCAAGCAUCCCGUCACAGCCGUUCCUUCGCAAGACAACUGCAUCUUUGUCGUCAACGAACAACCAGCGACCAAAGCACCAGCGGCCGAGAAGAAAGAACGUCCAACCAGCACCAUGAGCGAAGCGUCGAACUACACGGGCGGCUCAGACUAUACCACACAUCCCAGCAGCCCAACAACCAGAAUUUUGCAGGACAGUACUGGAAUGAAGAUGUGGAAGAAGAGAUGGUUUGUUCUGUCUGACAUGUGCCUCUUCUACUAUAGAGGUGAGUCGAGUGUCUCUGUUUAUAAAAACACAUCAAUGAAUAGCAAGCAUGUUAGUCUGCUGAGUUUGCAUCACAAGAAUGACUCAUAUAUUGACCAGAAAUUAUGGUUUAAAGCGACGCAUCCAAACAUGCGGACGUACUAUUUCAGCACUGACACAGCCAAAGAUAUGGAGUCCUGGAUGAAGGUUAUGACAGAUGCAGCAUUGGUCCACUCUGAGCCAAUCAGAAGGCUUGAGAAGGUGAAGGUUGACUCACGCAGCCCUCAGGAGAUGAACAACAUGCUGAAUCACCGAGUCCUGACCCGACCCGAGAUCCAAAACAACGAGAGAAACCGUGAGACGCUCCGCCAGGAGGAGAAGAAGCAGAAAGCCGUGGACAAGCAAAAAGAGAAAGACGGCAGGGUAAGCGUGCAGAAAGAUGGAGAGCGAUACAACCUCCAGAGAGACGCAGACAACUACACUCUGCACUCAGACGCUCAGAGACUCGCUCUGCAGAAGGACGGAGACAGAUACAUGCUGCAGAAGGACGUGGAGAAAUAUGUUCUGCAGAAAGACGGAGACAAAUACGCAGUCCACAAAGACGGAGAGAAGUACCUGCUGCAGAAGGAUGGCCAGAAAUACACGCUACACAAAGACGGAGACAAGUUCACGCUUCAGAGGGAAGGCGAAAAAUACGCUCCCCCGAAAGACAGCGAGAAGAUCCUGCAAAAAGAGACAAGGUACCCUCAUGGAGACAAACACAUGCAGCAGAAAGACCCGGAGAAACCCGUCCCGCCACUGCUGGAGGGUGAGAAAUACGGCUUCCAGAACGAGGGCACUGUGGAGCGGCCGCUCACCAAGAUCAACAGCAUCAAACUCCAGCCGGCUCAAGCCGCGGCCAUCGCUGCGGCCGUCUCGUCCUCCAGACAGCUCCAGUGCGCAGCAGGAUCCGGGCAGUACAAGCCGGCCCAGGUCAACGGUUCUGGGGAACGAGGAGGAGACCGAAGCCCUGGAGACAUGAGCAAUACGAUGCCCCAGAGGACGACGGUGCCGCCACAGCCAGCAGAACCAGAGCGAACCCUGAGCAGAACCAACUCCAUGCAGCAGCUGGAGCAGUGGGUCCGUACACACCGCACACGGGCCCCGGACGACGACACCAGGAGCAUUACGUCCUACCAAACGUUGCCGCGGAACAUGCCGAGCCACCGUGCGCAGAUCGUCCCACGUUAUCCCGAGGGCUACCGGACGCUCCCGCGUAACAUGCUGCGGCCGGACAGCAUCUGCAGCGUGGCGGGGUCGAUGUACGACCGGGCUCUGCAGCCCACGACUGCAGAGAAGCGGCGCUCCAUACGGGACGACACCAUGUGGCAGCUGUACGAGUGGCAGCAGAGGCAGGCACACUGCCGGAUCGGAUACGGGACGCUGCCCAGCCCCAAAACCAUGGGCCAGAUCGCCGAGUCCAUCCCCACGUCUCCUUCCCAUGGGUCUCUGGCCGGUUACCACACUUUCUCCCCUAAUCGCCCCCUCAACCCAGAUUCCCGCUCUGAAGUUUCCUCACCGGUGUUUCGUGGGGACGUGACUAUUGAACGCCGCCACCGACCGCACCUCUCCAAGUACUCCUUUCCUGCCGAGCGCAGGCCUGUUCCUCCCGCACAGAGCAUCACUGCACAGUCUCUGCAAAGCAAAACGCCAGAGGAACUGACCCUGCUGCUCAUCAAGCUCCGGCGGCAGCAGGCUGAGCUCAGCAGCCUCCGUGAGCACACGCUCGCUCAGCUGAUGCAGCUAAACCUCGAUGCCGCCAACCCAAAGAGUGAAAUCCUUUCCCAUCACCUACAGAGGAAUCUCAUGUACUUGGACAGCCAGAUGAAGGAGAAUGAGCCAAUAAUCUUCAUGAUUCACACUGUGAUUGAGAACUCGGCGCCAAGGCCGCAGCUGUACCAGCAACAGAUGAGUCCUGAAGAGUACAGAGAAAACACCUACUCGUACAGACCCGAGGAGCUGGACAUCGAUGCAAAGUUAAGUCGACUAUGUGAGCAGGAUAAAGUAGUGAGAAAUCAAGCAGAAAAACUGCAGCUGCUCCACAGAGAAAAGCACACGCUGGAGACGGCCUUGCUGUCGGCCAGUCAGGAGAUUGAGAUGAGCGCUGAAAACCCUGCGGCGGUGCAGAGCGUCAUCCAGCAGCGGGACGUCCUGCAGAGCGGCCUGCUCAGCACCUGCAGAGAGGUGUCGCGUGUCAGCGCCGAGCUGGAGCGGAGCUGGAGGGAGUACGAUCGGCUGGAGGCGGACGUCACAAUGGCCAAAACGAACCUGCUGGAGCAGCUCGAGGCCCUCGGGAGCCCACAGACGGAGCCCCCCAGCCAAAAACACGUCCAGAUCCAGAAGGAGUUGUGGAGGAUUCAGGAUGUGAUCGAGGCCCUGAACAAGAACAAACCCAAGAGAAACGCAGAACCCAGUUUUCCUGGCGCAAACCCCCUGUCAAACCUGCAUAAAAGUGAAGAGUCAGACUCAGUGCCUCCGCGUCCUCCUCUCCCGUACUCUUAUGAGGGGGGAGACCGGCCUCCUCAUGCGCCUCGCACCACCCCUCACCGGCCCGAGGACCGCAAGGCCGCCCAGCGCAACGGCGCCCACAGCGGGCCCGAUUACAGACUGUAUAAGAGCGAGCCGGAGCUCACCACCGUAGCCGAGGUCGACGAGAGCAACGGCGAAGACAAAUCUGAGCAGACAGCAGAGAAAGAGCUGCCCGGUGUCACCAAAGGUGUAGUGUACCCCGUCGGAGUGGUCAGUCCCAGGACUAAAUCACCCAUGCCUGAAUCCUCCACCAUCGCCUCUUAUGUCACCUUGAGGAAGAGCAAGAAACCUGAUCCCAGAACAUCCCAGCCGCAGGACCGUCCGCGCAGUGCGGUUGAGCACAUGAGCAGCGCUGUAGAGGUGGGCCGAACACGCAUGAGCGUGGAGGAGCAGAUGGAGCGAAUCAGGAGGCACCAGCAGGGGGCGCUGCGUGAACGAAGACGAGAGGACGGAUCGCUGUCCCGCAGCCUCUCCUUCACCAAAGACAACCCCUACUACACCCUACAGAUGCGUAAGAAGAGCCCGGUGAUCUCUCCAGAUGAGCAGGACGACCGCAGAGACACGUCGCCUGAGGAGCAACCACAGCUGACGACCAAACCGACCGAUGCAGAAGAAAACUGCAAGAAUACUGAAGAUGUGGAAUCUGGAAAUGCCUUGGAGAACAAGGAGAAAGCGGCCUUGUCCCGAUCGGCCUCCAUUAAAGAGUCUCUUCUGAAGGCUGCGGGUCCUAAACCGGUGCUGAACGAGGACCAAUCAGAGCCCAAACACACGAGUCAGCUGGAGUACCGCAGGACUCUGGCCACUCAGAACAGCGUACAGACGGCCGUCAUGGUGCGCGUGGGCACUGAGGAAGACGAGGAGGAAGAGGAGGAGGAUGAGAAGCCCUCUAGUCAAGAGCAGGACGUGUCGUAUGAGCUGAGCAACAGCAAACACAGCACACUGAUGUCAGGUGGGCACUGAAGAUGAGCUCUCUUCUCCAUUAAACUGCCUUCAGAACAUUUGAAAGACCUUCUCCUUACUGCUCUGUGUAUCUGAAACUGGAACCACUAACACUAUUUGGAUUUGCAUUUGAA